GCAACACUGAUAUAGCUUAUACCGUGGGAAAGAGCAUUAGACUGGGUUCAGGCUGCCAACAGCGAGCAGGAUCUGUGCUUUCAACUCAAAGACCACGCUUCCAAAUACAGGUCGUUGACAGUUUUUUCCCGUGGAAAUGAAGCGCCCUUGCGAAGAGAGUUCUUCAGACAGUGAUAUUGAUGAAACUAUCGACGUGGGGAGCGAAAAUAACUACGGAAGUCAGGGCAACAAUACAAUUCUAAGAGCUGGCUCCCCGUCUACAACGUCUCAAAUUUUGGCCAGGAAGAAGAGAAGAGGGAUCAUUGAGAAAAGGCGUCGAGAUCGUAUUAACAAUAGUUUGUCGGAGCUUCGUCGACUAGUUCCUACCGCUUUUGAGAAACAGGGUUCAGCCAAGUUAGAGAAAGCGGAAAUACUUCAGAUGACAGUGGACCAUUUAAAGAUGCUGCGGGCGACCGGAGGUAAAGGGUUUCUGGACGCUCACGCCCUGGCCAUGGACUUCAUGAGCAUCGGUUUCCGGGAGUGCCUGGCGGAGGUGGCCCGGUAUCUGAGCUCGGUGGAGGGUCUCGAUAGCUCGGACCCGCUGCGGCUCCGCCUGGUCUCCCACCUGAACUCUUACGCCUCCCAGCGGGAAGCGGCUGUCAUGACCUCGUCGGUCGCUCACCAUCACCACCACCACCACCAGCACCAGCAACACCAGCAGAGGGUCCAGCAACACCAGCCGCACUGGACCGCCGCUUUCCACCAGCUGCCCUCCGCCUUGCUGCAGCACCACGGCCUCUCCGAGCUGCACCCAGGUACCGCGGUCCCGGCUCCAGGAGCAGGAGGCUCGGCUCUGCUCACUGCCACGCUGGCGGCGGCGGCGGCGGCUGCAGCUCACAGCGACACGGCGCUGAGAGGGGCCCCGUGCGGAGGAGGCGGCGGCGGGGCGGCGAUGAGCGGUCGCAUGCCCCCGCUCUCCACCUCCCUCCUCUCGCUGUCCGCCACCGUGCACGCAGCCGCCGCCGCCGCCGCUCACAGCUUCCCGCUUUCGUUGGGCAGCUUCCCCGCCCCGGCCGCCGCCGUGCUGACACCGGGCGGGCCGAGUCUCAGUCCGCCGGGGAUCGCCGCCGUCCCGCAGAGCGGCAGUGGGGCCAGCGCCGGCGGCGGUGUGGUCGGGAAACCUUACAGACCCUGGGGCACCGAGAUAGGAGCUUUCUGAACGGACGGAGGGGGAUUUUAAAGACUGACACCAGUUACAUUGUCCCGGGCCCCGUUCUCCCCAGCCCCAUCAUCCUGCCCCCAACCCCAGUCCCCUGCCCUGCCCUGCCCUGCCGGAGGGAUGUUGGGGGGAAGGAGGGACACCCACAGCGGUGCCGGCACUCGCUGCAGGAAAUUGCCAAGGCUAGUCCCAUCCAUUGCCUCUUCCCUCCAAUUGCAUCGGACUCCUGCUGGCAAACCUGUAGUCCAACUCAAUGCAUUUGAACUAUUUGACCUCUGACACCUCGAACAGAAACAAACAAAAAGUUGAUGAAAACAGUAAAGUAAUUGCUUGAAAACACUUGCUCUCUGCAGGACCUUGGCUGAUAACCCACUGCAAGAGCCACCAGUACUGUUACCAAAAAGUCGACAGCCAUUCGACUCGGCAGCUUUCUUCUUUUAAAUACCCCAAUGUUGACUAUUUUGUUUACACAA